AUGACGGCGAUGGAUGCCGUUCUAUCAAAGCUCCGGCGAAGGGCUCGGGAGCAUCCGCACAAUAAGCAGCUGCAGGAGCUCUUGUCUCGUUUAUCUCAAUUGCAGUCUCACACCGGACAAUCAGACUUCAAUCCUGAUGACUGGAAUGUUUUGAAGGACUAUUUUGACAGAUUGACCUCGGAGGGGAUAUGGGACCCUCGGGAGGGCGAAUCGCUGUUGGAUGAUCUGCGGACGAACCUGCAUAGCCGACAGUACAGACCGUCCGACGCAGAUGCUACUGACCUUCACACCCCUCCGUCAUUCACGGAGGCAGCAAGGUCAGAACUUGGGGCUGCGGAGAGGAUCUCCAUAGUCAUGCCGCCGCCAAUAUCGACACCGCUUCUCCCCAUAUCCGCCAUUAAUACAACCGUGCUCCCGAUGGAGCUCGUGGACACGCUAAAUCAGGUCUACUUCCUCCAUCUCCUCGCAACCGAUCCGGAUAGUGUCCUCCCGCCAGGGAAAUCACUCCUUUCCGUCAUGUCUCGUCCGUUGCAAAGUGCAACCCAAGGGCAACUGCCCAGCUUGCAGGAACGCGUCGAAACUCUGGUGCACAAGGCGUUCUGGGACGAGGCGCUUGAGGCUCUUGCGAGUCCUGUUCCGUCCGUUGAGGUGCCUCGGCUGGAGAGACUGUACGAGGACCUGUACGACGCGCUCAAGCCGCUGCUUCCUUCGGAACACCCGAUUUUAAUAAUGCUGUCAUCUCCCUUGUCACCGACGUCUUCGCCUCUCCGCUCCGCCAUCGCCCAUCUUCGCGAGACUCUCGCUUGCCUGCGCGAACGCUGCGCCCCUGCCCGCGACGCCCACAUCGACUCCCUCAUACUGAGGCUCGACGAUGUGUCGUCGAUAAUGGCCUCUGCAGGCAUGGCAAAGCUCGUUGUAGAUACCGUACGUGCGAUGCUCAAGCUCGCGGAAGACAUGAAGGGGGACCUCUCGCAAUUUGUGCUUGGCACGAUGGGCGAGGCACAGCUACGCGCCAUCGUCACCGCCGAGGCCCACGAACGCGAGCGCGCGCUCGUUCUCGAGCUGUGGCCUCCGCCACGCGUGCACGAGCUCUGGCAGCAGUGGUGUGUGCGUCCCCUACCACCUGACUUCGAGGCCGUUGCAGAACAUGCUCCCCAUGCUGCCUGGAUUGCCCAGCUUGUGCACGCGCUGGGGUCGACUGUGCCCGUCUCCUGUCCGAUGCCGACCGUGCCUCUCCCGUCGUCUUCCCCUCCCGAGCAAGAACCACCGAGGGAAAACGUGCUUCCGCCACCAUUAUUCUUUGUCUGCCCGACCCUCUUGUACAUACAGAACGUCCUCCAAGCCCUCAUUAUCGCCGCUUCGCUCCGCUCUCUCGUCCGUCUCCCCUCUUCACAAACCACACUCGCUACUGAAUUCACCACGCGCAUCUGGGCGCUCCUGAAGGCCGAAGUCGACGAAGAGCCCGGCGCAGGCGCGACCAAAUUGGUCAACCUCGCCGACGAGGCCGUCCGCGUCCGCCGUCUCCUCAGCGAGGGGGAGUCUGUCGAUGCGGACGAGGAGGCGCGCUUGCGUGCUGCAGUCGACCGUACGCUUCAGCCGCACGAUCCUGUUUUCAUCCUCUUGCAGAAGCGGCUGCUGCAUGCGAUUGCUGCCCGACUAUGUGCCCCGCCGCCUUCACGUGAGAAGACGGCGGCGUUGCCAGAGCGCCUACAAGCUGGACGGGGGCAGGCAGGGACCCGACCACGGAUUGAUUUUCGUGUCGAUCAUGCCGGGGCUACUCAGGACGAGAAUAGUUUCCAGGAGUCUCCUUUAAUAGCCAAGGGCUUCGAGGACCAGGUUCUCGUCCGAGUGGUUGGAGAUGCGCUGACGAAACUUAGAUCGUGUGUUGAAUGGACUGAACAGACGUGGAAAGAUUUGAUAGAGAAUGAAGUAUCGGCCACUGCAGCGUAA